AGCAGGCGCUUGCUUUUCCGGGCCGGUGAUUGGCAGCCUCCAGAGCGAAUCGGAGCCCUGCUUUUGGAGAGGCCCAGCCAAGGAGUCCUGCCUCUUCGGGGCUUCGCAGUCUGGCUGGUUUGGGGCAAAGUUUCCCGGGAAAAAACGAGGCCGCAAAAUGGAGUGGCGGAGCCCAGCGGAUCCCACUGUUUCCCACGUGAUAUAAAACUCUGCUUCACGCGAACAAGUUGGCAAGAGAAUGUGUGAAUAAGCCGCAAUGGAAAGAGCCAACGGUGCCGGCCUGCAGCUCCAACCGCUUGCCACGGAAGCUGCAUCUUUGCAGGUCCACGAGGACUCCUUCUCCUACAAGGAAAACCUGAUCGGUGCUUUGCUGGCUAUUUUUGGGCAUCUUGUCAUCAGCAUUGCUCUCAACCUGCAGAAGUAUUGCCAUAUCCGGCUUGCGGGCUGCAAGGACCACCGUGCGUAUUUCCGGACCAAGACGUGGUGGUGUGGGCUCUUCUUGCUGCUCCUGGGGGAGCUCGGGGUCUUCUCCGCCUACGCCUUUGCCCCCCUUUCCCUGGUUGUCCCCCUGAGCGUCGUGUCCGUCAUAGCAAGUGCAAUCAUUGGAGUCAUAUUCAUUAAGGAGAAAUGGAAGCCCAAAGACUUUUUGAGGCGCUAUGUGUUGUCCUUUGUGGGCUGUGGCCUGGCCGUGGUUGGGACCUACCUGCUGAUCACCUUUGGGCCGAACAGCCACGAGACCAUGACGGGAGAGAACAUCACCAGGCACUUAGUCAGCUGGCCGUUCCUUCUGUAUAUGCUGGUGGAGAUCAUCCUUUUCUGCCUACUGCUGUAUUUCUACAAAGAGAGGAAAGCCAAUUAUAUUGUUGUGAUUUUGUUGCUAGUCGCGCUCCUGGGUUCCAUGACUGUCAUCACCGUGAAGGCCGUGGCUGGCAUGAUCGUGGUUUCGAUUCGGGGGAAUUUGCAGCUGGGAUACCCCAUUUUCUACAUCAUGGUGGUUUGCAUGGUGGCCACGGCAGCCUUUCAGGCAACAUUUUUAACCCAAGCAUCGCAACUGUAUGAUGCGUCGCAGAUCGCCAGUGUGGGCUACAUUUUAUCCACCGCAAUGGCAAUCAGUGCAGGCGCAACGUUCUACUUGGACUUCCUUGGCGAAGACAUUCUCCAUAUUUGCAUGUUUGCUUUGGGGUGCCUCAUUGCGUUCUUGGGUGUCUUUCUGAUUACUAGAAACAAGAGGAAAUCCAUCUUUUUUGAACCUUACAUUUCCAUGGAUGCAAUGCCAAGCAUGCACAAUUUGCACGACAACGGCACCGCCGUCCAGCCGGACCUCAAGACCUCUUUCUCCUACGGCGCCUUGGAGAGCAACGACACCGUCUCGGAGAUCUACGCUCCGGCCACGCUGACCGUGGUCCAAGAGGAGCACGGCUCCAGAGCGGCAGCUUCGCCUCCGUACAGGGCCCUGGAGCACAGCAAACGGGAGUGACCGCCCGGAAGGACUGGGCAUUCCACGCCGUAUUUAUUUAUUUAUUUCUCUCUCAAAGAUUUAUUUCUCAUCCCCGAGCUCAACUGAUGUUUAAAUAGGCUCGUAUCUAUCUCACACCCAAAGCUUCUGCCAACCUAGCAGUUCGAAAACAUGCAAACGUGAGUAGAGCAAUAGGUACCGCUCCGGCUUCUCAUAAGCGGCCCCAUAUUGACCCUCAUCGGCAUUUAUGGCCUGGCAAUUUCACAAUAAGAUGUUGCUCAUGUUGCCUUGACUCUCACAUUCACAAGACAAAACUGCGUAAAUCAAUGUCUCAAUAAGGUCUACUCUUGGGGCCAUUCAACACAGGAGUUGUUUGGGAAUAUCACUUUCUGAUUUCUGUUUUCUGGAUUAUGCCCAACUGUGUAGCCAACCCUGUCUUGUUUAGUUUUGUGCUUUCGUGUGGACCUCAAUGUUACCAGCUGACCAUCUUCACAGUCUAUGUAAAUAAAUAGAGCUCUAUGAUACACCCAAA